UUUUCACAAGGCAAUAAAAAAUGUAGACGUGAUCUGGCCGUAUCGACCUCCUAUUGCAUUGUUUGAAGGCGUUAAUUAAAUAAGAAGAAGAAGAUGGUCGAAAACAUUGCUGUUUGUGCAACAUUAUUGUUGAAAGAUAUAAGUUCGGAAAGUGAUUCGAGUUCUGAUGAAGAAUGGGAUUUAUUAAGAAAGGAAAAACGGAAACGCAUCUUACGUCCUCGUAUACAAAAUGUGGAACUUGUAAUUGAAAUGUAUUCAAACGAAGACUUUAAAAGUCAUUUUAGAUUGAAACGAGCAACGUUUGAAUAUAUAUUAUAUAUAAUUUCGGAAGAUCUUGUGCGGAGGACAAAAGGAUGUGAAACAAUUUCACCGAGAAAACAAUUUUUUAUUGCCUUGUGGAAAAUGGCUACAAUGGAUUCGUAUAGAUCUAUCUGCGAUCGCUUCAAUGUAGGAAGAGCUACAGGUUUGAGAGCUGUUAGGAGGGUAACACGAGCACUGUUUAAAAGAGCUCAUCAAUUUAUAUCAUGGCCAUCAGGUGAAGAAGCACAAGCAGUAAUAAAUAAAUUUAAAGAAAAUAGUAAGUUCCCUAACACAAUUGGUGCUAUAGAUGGAACGCACAUACAAAUAGUAGCACCUAAAGAAAACGCAGUAGAUUACAUCAACCGAAAAGGGUAUCACUCUAUUCAGCUUCAGGUUGUGUGUGAUUAUAAAGCACUUAUAACUCAUUGUUAUGUGGGUCAUCCUGGUUCUGUGCACGAUCAGAGAAUAUUUAGACAAUCAGAAGUGGCAACAUAUCUGAAUAAUGAAGAAAAGUUUCCAUCAGACAGUCAUUUAGUAGGAGAUUCUGCCUAUGCAUUACACGAACAUUUACUAGUACCAUAUAAAGAUAAUGGACAUUUGAGUGCUGCCCAAAAGCAUUAUAAUUUUUGUCAAUCCUCUGCACGAGUAGUAGUUGAAAGGUGUUUUGCUUUAUUAAAAGGACGAUUGAGAAGUUUGUUGCAUUGCUUGCCUAUGACCAGAAUUGAUCUCAUGGCUGAAUAUAUAGUUGCAUGCUGUGUUAUUCACAAUAUUUGUAUACUGAAUAGAGAUGAACUCGAAAUAAUACCGUUAAUAUCAGCUUCAGAUACUUCAGCACAAGAUCAUAUUGAUCAAAGGCAAGCAAAUAAUAAUGGAGUUUAUAAAAGAAACAUGAUUAUGAAUAUGUUACAAAGAGAAUUUAAUUAA